AUGAAAUCACACAGUCUCUCACAAUUCUUUUUCUCUGUUCUUUUAUUCACAAUCCUUACCACUUCUGUUCUGUCCAUAACAUGUCCACCAGAAUAUACUGAUGAAGUUAAUUAUACGAAUGCAAAAACACGCUACAUAGUCUCCCUUAAAAAAUCCGAACAAUCCUCUUCCGAUGUUGAAACUCAUUUCGCCUAUUUACGUGAUUGUAUGAAUAGAAUUCUAGUUUAUUCCUCGCAAGUGGAUUAUCAUGGUACAAUUAAUGAUACCAUUAUUAGUGAAAAUCAAAAAUGCUGA